AUGGGCCCCUGUACCGCCUCCUCAUGCUGCUGCCAGGCCCGUAAUCUGCCAUGGGCCCCCGUACCGCCUCCUCAUGCUGCUGCCAGGCCCGUAAUCUGCCAUGGGCCCCUGUACCGCCUCCUCAUGCUGCUGCCAGGUCCAGAGUGUGUCAUGGGUCCCUGUACGGCCUCCCAUUGCUGCUGUCUCCAUCGCCACACUCUGCCAUGUGCCACUUUCAGGUCUCCUCACACUGCUGGUGGGUUCCAUUUUGUCAUAGGGUGCUGUAUGGCCUCCCAUUGCUGCUGCCUCCACCGCCACACUGUGGCUCCACACUCUGGUUUUGGCCCCGUGACUGCCCAAAUGAGUGAAGUGUGCGGUGAUUCUAAGAUCGACGGCACUCAUCUGCAUGUCAUACUGACUGACAGUAUUAUUUCUCUUCCCCAGCAGACUCCAAGGGCAUUUAAAUUAAAGGUACAGUGUUCUGCACUAAUAUAA